AUGUUAGAUAGAUUUUUUUUACCCCUUAAAGCUGAAAGUUUUCUAGAUGAAGAAGGAUAUCAGAAGUUUUUGAAUAAAAGGAAGAAAAUUAAGAAAACUGAAUCAACUACAACAGUGAAUGGUAUUACUUCAGAAUUGCCUACUCUGUCGAAAAGGAAACGUAAAAAACUGAAGAAGAUUCAGAGAAGUUCUGAGUAUAAAUUGGGAGAUACAACAACAACUGACAGUGUUAAAGAUGAUAGGUUGUCAUUAACUGGUGAAGGUAACAGUAAAAACAUGAUACAAAAAAUAAAAGAUGAACUAGAUUUGGGGAAAAUAAAAGAUGAUGCCAGUUUGUCAAUGGUCAGCAGUGGUGAACAAAUAACAUUAACAAAAAACAGCAAAGACAGAGCAAACCCAGAGGUUGUAGUUUUUCAAAAACAUCUCAAAAAGAAGUCAAUAAGUUCAGACAGAAAACCUGAUGAAGAAAAUGAUUUAUUUGAAGACCGUCCAGAGCUAGACUUACAGAGAGCUCGUUAUGAAGUUUUAAAAUUUGGAAUUUCUGGUUUUGAGAAACAGAGAAAAGAUGAAGCUAGAAUAGCUUUAGCAAUAAAAUUAGGUGCAAAGAACCGAAAAUUAGGCUUAGGACCAAGAAACUUAUCACAAAAGCAAAGGUGA